UUAGACUUUUCUACCAGCCCAGGAGAAAGAAAGCGCAGAAGAACGCUGUGGAAAGCUUCUGGUGUUGUUUGUAAGCAUGUCGUGGAGGUGUAGUGUUCGUGGGUGUGGGAAACGUAACCAGGCCAAAGCUAAAGACGUCGUCAUUCACCGUUUCCCCGAGAAAGACCCGGAGCUCUGCGCCACAUGGAUGUCUGCGAUCGGCAGAGACGCGAACAAAACGCAGAGGAAAUACGCGUCUUUGCGGGUCUGCAGUCAGCACUUCACUCCUGACGACUAUGAGAGGGAUUUGAAGGCGGAAUUAUUGGGGUGUCCACCUAAAAAGCUCUUGAAGAAAACAGCGGUUCCGUCCAUCUUCCAGGGGAAACGGAAGCCGGGAAGGAGGCAGACUCCGAGUAAUCAUCAACCACAGGUGUCAUUUGAAAAAGAAAACGCACCUGCUCCUCUCUCAACAUGCUCUGAUGUGGAAGAGAUGUCAUGGCUGAAAGCUAUUAAGAGCCUUCAGACUCCUCAAGGAUCGAACAUCUUCAAAAGUCGUGAGGUGAUGGUGAACACGCAGUGUCUGCUGGAGCUCUUCCAGUUCUGCUGGUUUUGUCAGAAAGAGUGCUGCAUCACCAUCGAGGGCAACGAGAAGCUGUUUUCAGUCGUGCAGGACUGCCAGAGUUGUGGUUACCACAGAGAAUGGAGGAGUCGCCCACCUUCAACAGAACCUUCACACUCCAUUCAUAAUGAGGUUGUGGUUCAGACUGGGUCUUCAGGUAACGAGCGCAGCAAGCAGAGCCAUGAGCAAGUAUCCGGUCAAGAAGAUGUCUCGUGUUUAUCUAGCAACGAUGAAGGAGCAAGUCUGCAGGAAGAGGAAGCGAAGACAAGAAAGGAGGAGGUCAGUUCUGAUGAGCCGGAGCUACAUUCAGACGAUGAGGCCAAAGACUCUGAUGUGUCCAUGGAUGAAGAUCUGUUCACAGCGUUAAAGGAGGAGGGUCAGGGCAAGCUUUUGGUUUGGUGUACGCAGUGUAGAGCCGAGGCCUCGCUCUCCUGUUCUGUCCGUCACCACAAGAAAUGGUUCUGCUGCGCCCAGUGCGGUACAGGAGACGCUUGUCUGGAAACGCUCCCCGUCCGGUUCGAGGACGUGGCCAGUUUCCAGAACCACGCCGAACAGGAGCACGGAUCCAAACCGUUCUAUAUUCUGUGUCAGGAUUGCGGGAAGUUUCCUCGCGAUAAAGAGCACGUCUGCGAACAUAAAGUCAAAUUCGUCGUGUGUCCGGAGUGCGGGAAGAGAUUCCUGACCGAAGGCGGCCUGAAGACGCACUACACUCAGCUCCAUUCCGACUACGACCACCCGUGCAAGUACUGCCUGAAGGUCUUCAAAACAAGAUCCACCAAACUGGAACACGAGCAGACCCAUCCUAAAGAGAAUCAACCGUACAGCUGUCCCGACUGUCCGCAGAAGUUCGGCAACAUUUACAAGCGCAACGAGCACGUCAGGUCGCACCGAGGUCCGCACAAGUACGCGUGCGGCGUGUGUAAGAAAGGGUUUCGGGAUAUCAACAGACUGAGGAGACACAAGCUGAUCCACUCCGGAGAAAAGCCCUUCAAAUGCCAGGUGUGCGAGCGCUCCUUUAACCGGAUGGAAAACCUCGGCGCUCACAUGCGCGUCCACACCGGGGAACGGCCUUUCACGUGCGAGCAGUGCGGCGAGUCGUUCAGUCACAACGUCAGCCUGAAGAACCACAAGCAGCGAAACCACGACUCGGGUUCACCUCCAGAGAAAGAACUGGGAAAUGAGGUGGAGAAAGAAGUGCUACAUGAUGUCGAGAAUAAGGUAAUACAGCAGGGGGCGCUGUAGAAAUUGUUUUACUUUGGUGCAAGAUCUCAACAGGAACAAUGUUUUUUCCAAAGAAGUUGUGAAUCUGCAGAAGCCGCUCUGUUUGCUAUUACUGUCCUACCUUCAUAGAGUGUGGCGUGUGUGUGUGUGUGUGUGUGUGUGUGUGUGUGUCAUGUUUGCACAUGAAGACUACUGACUUGAAUAAAUUCGGCACUUUUCUCUUA